AUGAACCAAAAAACAAUAACCAGUCUAUACGAACAAUAUAAAAAUACGAAUAAGAAAUUAAAGAUAGUUUGUGAUUGGGAUGAAGAAGAAUCGAUAAUUGAAUAUUCUCCUUAUGGUUUUCAUUUGAUGAAAAUACCUUUUUUAACAGAAAACACUUUGAAAAAACAACAAGAACUCAAAAACUCUCCCAAUUUCUACCAGCAAGCACCAUUUUUAACGAUUGCUGAGGAUUUGUUGAAAUUAAUAAAAGAGGGUAAAGUAGAAAGUUUAAUAUUUUUAAGUGCUUAUGAUAAGAGGAAAUUUCCAACAACAGAUUUAAGAAAAGUAGAAAUAUUUAAUAAAACUUUUGGCAAGUUUUUAGAAAAUGCCUCGGACUUUGAUUUAGUGAUUGAUGAUAAUCCUAAUAUUUGUAAUAGUUUGAUAGAAGCAAAAGAGGAAGAAGAACAAAAUUGGAGAGAUCACGGCGAUGAAUGUUAUGGUUGUUCUGAUUGCCAAGGUGGUUCCAACGAAAUGGAAUGA